AAUCUAGCUAGAUAAAAUCAUUUCAUACAUUAAUACUUACGUUUGAUCAAAGUUUUAUCAUUAUAUAUUCUCAAAACUUAAUUACUUAUCUCUUCAAAAUGACUCGAGCCCUAGGCGGGAGCAACCUAAUCCCUCGGCUCAUAAAUACCAACAUCCUAGUUUGUACCGUUAUAGGUACAGACUAUGAUAUGAGUUCUAGAGUCCGAGCAAAUUAUUUUCAACAUGGUAUCGGAACUAAUGGGGUGAGCAAUAUAUAUGACCUAGAGCUCCACAAGGCAGCAAGUUGCGGAAAUACCAAAAGAGCCCGAGAGGUGGUUGGUACGAACAAGGGGCUGUUAUCCCACAAGGAUUCUCACGGCGACAUACCCUUGCACCUUGCCGUGAAGAAUGGCCACAAGGAGACGGCACUCUUCUUGGUUAACGAAUAUCCACCGGGGUCGUAUGCUUUGAAUCACUCCAAAAUUUCUCCUCUUCAUCAUGCUGUUCGUCGCAAGGACUUGGACUUGGUCAAAGCCGUGUUUUGUGAGCUGGUUAAAGAUGCUAAUGUUCUUGACAAUUUGAAGAAAGGAAAGUCAAUUGUUGAUGUUGCCAUUGCAGAUAAGAAUCAAGAAAUGUUGCAAAUUAUACUCAAAUAUCAACGCGAGCUAAUCAAAUGUCCCAAUGAAGACGGAUUGACUCCACUUUCGUUUGCAGCAUUCAGUGGUAAUCUUGAGAUAGUUCGUUACCUUCUCAAAAACUUUCCAAACUCUAUAAGUUACCUCAACAACGAUAAGUCCAACGCCUUUCACAAGGCAGGCCUAGGAGGCUAUGUUGAGGUCUUAAAGGAGCUCUAUUCCAAUUCCAAAACUCGCGAAUUUUUGCUAGCCGGUGACAAUCAUAGGCGAACAGUACUGCACAUUGCGGCCAAAGAACGCGGCAACAAGCUGAGGCAUGUUGUCUCGUACUUGUUGAGCCUAGAGGAGGGAAAGGACCUUAUCAAGAUGAAAGAUGAAAAUCUAAUUACACCCUUGGAAUUGGCCAAAAAGUGCUCAAAUCAUGAAGUGGAAGAACUUAUCAAGGGAACUAAGCCUUAAUGGAUCGAAUUUGUUACAACUGAUAGACGUAUACGUUCAUUCGUUAUUUAAUUUAAUUUCUACACCUUUUUAUUGCUUCUACAUAUAUGAUAUAUACAAGUAGUAUACCCUACAUACUCAAAAAAAAAAAAAAAAAAAAAAAAAGUUUUUUUCCCCUCCAUUUGCGUGUGUGUGGACUUAGUGUAGGUUUGAGUGCCGAUCAUAGUAACGUUAUAUAAUACAUUUAUGUGUAUAAUAUUAUUUUUUUUUUCGAAAUUACAUAUGUAUAAUACAA